AUGCUUGAUGGUAGGCCCCUCACCGUUGGUGAUAGUGCUGCAAACCUUGAGAUCGAGGCGGCCUUGUCCACGGCAGUUCUUCUGCCCGAGGACAUGAACUGUAUGGCCGAGCUUCAUGAAUAUGAAGACUUUGCCUUCCUGAUGCAGCAUUCGGUCUUGGCCAUCCAGCAUGCGCACUCUUACGCCACAAAGACCGAGAUGAUGAGGAAGGAUUUGGCGAAGAAAACAAAAGAAGCAGCCAAACUCCUAUCCUCCCUUAACAAAGCUAAGGCCAGCAAUCGCGCUCUCAUGGACCAAGCCAAGGAUGCCAAGACUGCUCAAAGUCUGGCUGAGGAAAAAGCCAAGGAGGCAAAAAAUGAAGCUGAGGCUGCAAGAGCCGACCUUGAAGCUGCCAAUGCAAAAGUGGCUGAUAUGGAGGCCAAGCUUCAAGAGGCUCUUGCCAAUAAAGAGGCCGAGGUGAAGGCGGCCGACGAAAAGGCCUUUGAAGAGGGGCAGGCCACCGUUCAUGACCAAUACAAGCAACAAGUUAACUUGGCUUGUAACCGAGGAUACUACCUCGAGCCCGAGAAGGAUGUCGAGGAUGAUGAAGUUGACGAAGUGGAUGUGGAGGCUGCCGCUGAUGCCAAGUCUCCUACCCUUAAUGAGCAAAUAGACUUAACUCAAGAGGAAAAGGAUGACUUGGCAUCCAAGGGCGUCUCUCCCAUUCCAACAACUUCUGAAACCGAGAUCUAUUGUGCCGAAAAGAGUCUAGAUAAAACCUUGCAAGAGAUUGAUGCUGAGCUUGAAGCCGAGAGGACUACAACACUACCCUCUGAUCAAGCCAAGUCUAGUACUUAG